AUGCAGAGAAGUGAAGUCUUCCGCGAUAUGUUUUCCAUGUGCGAUUCAGGGGAAUCUGGUGCAGGAAAUAAUGCCCAAGGAGCUUUCCCGCCGUCCGCUGUGCCUGGUGGUGACCCAGACUUGAACAAGGCACCCCCAGUGGUGGACCUGGACGAGUCGGCUGACACGCUCACCAUCUUGCUGAAAUUACUCCAUGACCCACCUAAACCCCCUGUCGAAAUCUCAACCGAUCCAUACACUUAUCAAAAGAAAUACGACACUUCGACAGUAAUACCCCUUCCCCUCCUCGAGCUCGUCAUUCUAAAACUCAUCGACAAGUACCUAUUUGACGAGGAAAUCGUCAAGGGGCUCGAGGCUCAUCUUUUGGCUCAUGCACCUGAGAAUGGGUUGAGAGUGUAUGGGAUUGCGAUGGCGCAUUACAGGGCGGAUGUGGCCAAUAUCGUUACCCAAUAUCUCCUCCCUCUUGCAAAGUAUAGCAAGGAGGAAGUCAAAGCUUGGAUCCCCUCGGUAGAAGCCUUCCAUGACAUCUUACGAUUCCAGGACUUCCGAGUACAGGCACUCCGCGAUCUUGUCCUGAACGAGGAUAUUUUCCCCCAUGGAUAUGGCGAAUGCUCCGCUCAUCGCGAUAGUACACGCUCGGCUUGGGAUACACGCCGUAAAAGCCUGCUUGCAAGGAUCGAAACAGGUCAGUUCAAUCUAUAA